AUGAUCAUUUUUUCACAUUACUUUUAUGAGGCUUUUUACAACAUUUGGCUUUGCUCCGUAUCACCAUCAUGCUGUGAGCUUCACUUUUGGACCAACCACAGCUGCAUUUCCUCUACAGUCAAACCACUCGCUUUAAAAACCAAGUGGAACAUUUGUGUCACAGGCACCUUUGCAACCACAACCACCCUCCUCCUUCUACACCACUGACAAAACCCUAUUUUGACCUUAAUAAGUGUUAACACCUCACCACCUCUUUCUCAGAAGACCUUUACUGCAGAUAAAGAGCAGCUGUUGAAUUUCAGGCAUCAUCUUUGAAGAACAUCAGGUCAUCAUGAAGACUGGUCGCAUCCUCCUGCUCUGCAUCCUGGCGGCUGCUCUGGUUUCCACGGUGGUCUGCAACAAUGUGCGUGGUCCUGAUGUGUGCUGCUGGAGCUACCACCCAUGGAGAAUCAAAAAAGACUUAAUCCAGUCUUAUAUAUUAACAAAUGAGAAGUGCCUGAAACCUGGAGUCAUUUUGGUGACUGUAAAAUCUCGUCACAUCUGUGUGGAUCCAAAUCUGUCCUGGGUCGAAGACAUCAUGGAACUUCUGGAUGAAAGACUAAUAAAGUAGCUUCCUGUUUGUGUGUUGCUUUGAUACAGUGAUAUAUUCAUUUUUGCGCUUAUGUUUUUUCUUGUGGCGCUCGCACAUAUAAUCAACUAGUCAUUUUGAGCCUGAAUUGUAUUUUCAAUGCUUUGUAUUUACAAUAAGCUGCAUUAAAACUGAACAAUAAAGAUAAAGCCUGAUUCCUUUAUAUUUUUUUGACAAAACAAUUAUCAGUUUUGCACCGGAAGAGUUUAUUUUUCCUUUUUUUUUAAAUACCUUUUUUGAAGACUGAAAUUUAAAUUUAACACAGGUGUUUGGUUUCUUUUUUUAAAUAAACAAACCUGGAAUGUUUUUAUUUGUGUGUUUCUUUCCAGGAAAAAUAUAGGAAGUAUGUAAUAAUAAUAAUAAUUAACACAAAUUACAUGCAUACUAGAGACCAAACAGCUAUUUUCUUCACCUGUGUACAAACUAUGGUCUUCUUCAAAGAUGAAGCUAAGAAAUUUUGCUACAUAGUGUUUACUCUGUUGGCCACUAGACGUCACUGUUUGUUUGUGUUGCUUCAACAGCAGUGUCUGAGUGUUCAUCUUCUCAGCUGUUUUGUUUUCCACACAUUCCACAAGCUUUAAACAAUAAACGAAUAAAGCCUGAUGGGUCAAAAGUCAAAC